CCGGCCAAGGGGCGCGCACUGGGCGCGGGACGCGGACGCCGGCCCCGAGCGGCUGCAGAGGGACCAGCGCAUCUGCGUGGGACGGCGCGCGGGGCUGCGGGUCCGCGCGGCUCUGCCGGGGCUCGGGGCAGAGAAGAGCAAGGCGCUCUCGGGACAGCCCAUCCCCGGAGAAGAUGGACUAUCUGGCCAACACGGAGAUCAACAGCCAGCGCAUUGCUGCAGUGGAGAACUGCUUUGGGGCAUCGGGGCAGCCACUGGCCCUGCCGGGCCGCGUGCUCCUCGGCGAGGGCGUGCUGACCAAGGAGUGCCGCAAGAAGGCCAAGCCCCGCAUCUUCUUCCUCUUCAACGACAUCUUAGUGUACGGCAGCAUCGUGCUGAACAAACGCAAGUACCGCAGCCAGCACAUCAUCCCCCUGGAGGAGGUGACCCUGGAGCCGCUGCCCGAGACCCUGCAGGCCAAGAACCGCUGGAUGAUCAAGACGGCCAAGAAGUCCUUCGUGGUGUCUGCCGCCUCCACCACGGAGCGCCAGGAGUGGAUCAGCCACAUUGAGGAGUGCGUGCGGCGGCAGCUGCUGGCCACGGGCCGCCCACCCAGCACGGAACACGCCGCACCCUGGAUCCCCGACAAGGCCACGGACAUCUGCAUGCGCUGCACGCAGACUCGCUUCUCCGCCAUUACCCGGCGCCACCACUGCCGCAAGUGUGGCUUUGUGGUCUGUGCGGAGUGCUCCCGGGAGCGCUUCCUCCUGCCGCGCCUCUCCCCCAAGCCCCUGCGUGUCUGCAGCCUCUGCUACCGGGAAUUGGCCACCCAGAAACAGAAGGAGGAAGAGGAGGAGGAGGAGGAGGAGGAGGAGGAGCGGGGCAUGGGGCCCGCUGGGCAGCUGACCCACCUGGCUGGGGCCGUCUGCACGGCAUCCAGUGGGGACGAUGAUGACUCCGAUGAAGACAAGGAGGGUAUUGUGGAUGGCGACUGGCCUGGCCAAGUGAAGUUCUAUGCCUCAGGCAUCUCCUGGUCAUCCUUUCACAGCUGACCUGGGCCUGCGGACAGGAAGGCAGUGCAUCCUGGUACUUGUGCCAAACCCGUUCACCCCCAGCCUCGUCCCCUGAGGGUGGCAGACUCUACAGAAGUGACUUUCCCUCUGGACUGACCCGGUGCCUUUUCGCUGGAUGUUGACAUCCUCCUAUAGAUCCUCUCUCCUCUCCGCAAACCCCAAAGACCCUCAGGCAUCUUGGGAACAGAUGCCAUUUCUCAGCCCCACAAGCUCUGUUCCUGGCUAGCCUUGAAUGAGCAAACCCCAGGGGGCAGAGGAAGAUGGGACUAGAGUGAAGUCCCCACUGCUCUGAGACGCCAGCACACGUCAGCAAGGACUGGGAAUGCUGGAAGGCCUGCCCAGCUCAUCGCUAGUGUCCACCUGCCUGGCGGUGCAGGACACAUGAGCAGGACACAAUCGAGCUCCCGGGACCAGGGAAGAGACUGCUGUACUGUGUUGCUCUCCAGGUCCCAACCGCAGCCUACCCACAGCCCAGGUGCCCUGUGUGGGCCUCUGGCUGCACCUCUCCUCCGUUCGGGUAUGUACCACCCCUCAUCCUAUCCCUUCUCCCACCCAGUGGCUGGCAAAAGUAGUGGCUUCUGUUAGGACUCUUCAUUGCAUGUGACAGAAAUAUGCCCAGACUAAUGAAAUAAAAAGUGUAUUGACUCAGA